AUGAGGGUUGUUGUAGUAGGAUGUGGAGGAACAGGCAUUGAGCUUUUGAAGCUGCUCGCAGGAAAGGGCAACCGAUUGUUGGUUGUGGAUGAUGACCGGAUUACACUGAGCAACCUGCACAGGUCUUGUAUGUUUAAGAGAACAGACGAGGGUAGAUACAAAUCUCAGAGAGUAGCAGAAGUGAUCAACGAGAUGCAUGGAGAAGAAGUUGAGUUUGUGACACAAAGGAUACAGGAUGUAGAUAUUUGCAUAAUAAAUCAAUAUGAUGUCUUGGUUUGUGCGGUGGAUAAUGUGGCUACACGAAUGGAUCUGAACCUGAUGUUUAUGAGGUCUGAAUGCAAAAUGUUGAUAGAUUGUGGAAUUAGCGGAUACAAGGCGCAUGUAAAGAUGGUGCGCAGAGGAUUGGCAUGCUUGUAUUGCAUUAAGGAUCUGUAUGAAAUCAAUAACCCUGGAAUUUGCACAAUGAAGUCUUUGCCUGUGCACAUUACGCCUGAAAAUCGAAAUGCAGUGCUGAGAUCGAUGGUGGAAAUGGACAGAGAUAUGACUUUAGAUGACAUGAGAUAUUUCAAUAAGAAAAGUACUGUUAUGAAAAUAAUUGAUGCUUUCAAUGCGAUUUCACCGAACGAGUUGAACACGAAUGAGUUUGAAGUUGUUGGGAUGUACGAUAACAUAAUGCCAAAUGUAUGUUUUAUUAACUCUAUCUGUGCAAGCUUAGUGUAUAGAAUGUUGUGCUCACCAGAGACAGCUUAUGACUUUAUAUUCUACAGCAGUGAGGACAAACUAGUGAUCAAUAAGAUGCUUCUUGAAAAAGACAAAGAUUGCAUAGUAUGUAAGUAUGCCUAG